AUGCCGAACACCAGCUUGCGGCAGCCCCAGAAAGGCUUCCGCCGCGGCGGCAACAGCAAGAAGUCAUAUCAUGGCCCGAGAAAUCGCACAUUCGCUGCCUCGUCACGACAAGAGGGUACAUCCGCAGACGAAAAAUGGGAACGCACAAGACUAGCAAACUUGAUCGACGAGAACAUGGGAUUCGCGCGCUACGAGAGCGGGAAGCGCCGAGACGGGUGGCUCGUAGGUGUUCAGCCGACAUCGAUCGAGGACGAGAGGUUACCGCACGGCCGCGCCGCACUCGACUGCUACUUCAUUGAUGAUAGUGGUUCCUACUUCAAAGCCACAGUCGAGUACGAGCCGUACUUCCUCAUAGGCGUCAAGAGAGGCCACGAGUCUGAAGUGGAGGAAUGGGUCAAACGUGUACCGGGCGACGGUGUGGUCAAAGCGGUUCGAAGGAUAGAAAAGGAUGACCUCGACAUGCCGAACCACCUACUCGGCUACAAAAGAACAUUUCUCGAGCUCAAGUUCGCCAAUGUCAACGACUUGAUGAGUGCGAGGAGGGACAUUAUGCCUGUGGCGGAGAAGAACAAGAAGAACAUGGAUGCGAUGGACGCAUACGCCGAGGUGGCUACGGCGAACGGCAAUUUUGACCUUUUUGAUGAUUCACGAGACGACGAACGACUAAUGAACACUACGACGGAUGCGAGCGACUAUAUAAUAGACAUUCGCGAAUACGAUGUGCCAUAUCAUGUGCGAGUAAUGAUCGACUUAGAUAUCCGAGUGGGCUUGUGCAUUGUCCGGAACCCAGAGCGCUCACUACCAGCCGAUCCGGUGACUACCAAGGCGCCACUCAAAUUCCCAGACGCAGCCAUUGACGAGAUCAUGAUGAUAUCGUACAUGAUCGACGGGCAAGGGUUCCUCAUCACGAACCGGGAGAUCGUGGCCGAGGAUAUUUCAGAUUUCGACUACACUCCUACACCACAGUAUCCAGGUCCGUUUAUGAUUUUCAACGAGCCGAACGAGAAGGCGCAUAUCAAGGAAGCACGACCGACCGUCAUCGCCACGUACAACGGUGAUUUCUUCGAUUGGCCGUUUGUGGAUGCCCGAGCUGCUGAGAUUGGCUACGGUGUACACAUGGAUUGCUUUCACUGGGGUUCGCGAGGCUUGAAAGCUGUAACAGUUGCCAAGCUUGGAUACGACCCCGACGAACUCGACCCUGAGCUCAUGACGCCGUACGCAAACGCGUACGUGCACCCCUUCAUCUUCUCGCUUUGUACCGUCCUGCCCCUCAGCGGCGACGAGGUGCUGCGAAAGGGAACCGGUACACUUUGCGAAAUGCUUCUCAUGGUGCAAGCAUACUCGAAAAACAUUGUUUUGCCAAAUAAGCAUGUUGCGCCACGAGAAGCAUUCUGGGACGGACAUUUGUUGGACUCUGAGACAUAUGUCGGUGGCCACGUCGAGAGUAUCGAGGCAGGUGUCUUCCGCGCCGACAUUCCCGUCGACUUCUCGGUGGAUCCGACAGCCAUUGACGAGCUCUUGAAAGAUCUGGAUGCCGCGUUGAAGUUCGUUGUGGAAGUGGAAGAGAAGAAGAAACUCGAAGAUGUGGAAAACUACGACGAAGUGAAGGAGCAGAUCACGAGCCGGCUGCUAAACCUCAAAGAGACACCGAAUCGACAUGAGAGACCCUUGAUCUACCAUUUGGACGUCGCAUCCAUGUACCCAAACAUCAUGACCACAAAUCGACUACAGCCCGACUCCAUGGUCGACGAGUCAGACUGUGCGGCAUGUGACUUCAACAGGCCUGGAAAGACUUGUGACAGGAGGCUUCCGUGGUCAUGGCGUGGAGAGUACAUCCCCGCGAAACGAGACGAGUACAAGAUGAUUCGGAACGCCCUGGAGAACGAGAAAUUUCCCGGAAAGUGGCCCAACUCGCCCAUGCGCAGCUUUCAAGAGUUGAGCCUGGACGAACAAGCCGCACUUACUCGCAAGCGCUUGCAGUUGUAUUCGCAAAAGAUCUACCACAAAAUUCACGACUCAACGACAAUCACCAAAGAAGCAAUCAUCUGCCAGCGAGAGAACCCGUUCUACGUACAUACCGUCCGUGAUUUCCGAGACCGUCGAUACGAUUACAAGGGCAAGACCAAGGUCUGGAAGGGCAAAGCGGCAGCAUUGCAGUCCUCUGGGGCGCCACCCAACGAGGUCGAGGCAGCCAAGAAGAUGGUGGUCGUGUACGACUCCCUGCAGCUUGCGCACAAGUGUAUCCUGAACUCAUUCUACGGUUAUGUCAUGCGAAAGGGCUCGCGAUGGUACUCGUUGGAGAUGGCUGGUGUUACUUGCUUGACUGGUGCCCGAAUUAUCCAGCUCGCAAGGCAGCUCGUGGAGCGCCUGGGACGGCCGCUCGAGCUGGAUACCGACGGUAUCUGGUGUAUGUUGCCGGCGACAUUCCCAGAGAACUUUGCCUUCAAAAUGAAGGGCGGCAAGAAGCUCAACAUCUCAUACCCCUGCGUCAUGUUGAAUCAUCUCGUCCACGGCAAGUUCACCAACCACCAGUAUCAGACCCUUGUCGACGAAAGAACACACAAGUACGAGACACACAGCGACAACACCAUCUUUUUCGAGGUCGACGGUCCGUACAAAGCCAUGAUCCUACCCACGUCAAAAGAAGAAGACAAGAAUUUGAAGAAGCGAUAUGCCGUCUUCAACGACGAUGGUAGUCUAGCCGAGCUGAAGGGGUUCGAGGUAAAGCGCCGUGGUGAGCUCAAGCUCAUCAAGAUCUUCCAGCAGCAGAUCUUCAAAUUCUUCCUCCAAGGGUCCGAUUUGACGCAGUGUUACACUGCCGUUGCCAAGGUUGCCAAUCAGUGGCUCGACGUUCUUCACAGCAAGGGCUCGACGUUGGCGUACGAGGAGCUCAUGGAGCUCAUUUCAGAGAACAGGAGCAUGAGCAAAACGCUCGAGGAGUACGGGUCGCAAAAGUCGACCAGCAUCACGACAGCGAAGCGACUUGCAGAUUUCUUGGGUGAACAGAUGGUCAAAGACAAAGGCUUGAACUGCAAGUUUAUCAUUUGCUCGCGCCCGAGGAACGCCCCCGUCACCGAACGAGCUGUUCCCGUAGCCAUCUUCUCAGCCGAGGAGUCUGUGAAGCGGACAUAUCUCAAGAAGUGGCUCAAGGAGGAGCCUGCCGACACCGACCCUCGUGCUCUUCUUGACUGGGACUACUACCUUGAGCGUCUUGGCUCCGUGAUCCAAAAGCUCAUCACCAUUCCUGCCGCGUUGCAGAAAGUACGCAACCCGGUUCCGCGCGUGCCUCACCCCGACUGGCUACAGAGGAGGAUCAACAUCAAAGACGACAAGAUGAAGCAGAAGAAGAUCACCGAUCUUGUCAAUGUCAAGGGACCGCUGGAGGACAUAACAAACCUCAACAACCCCCGCAUGGAAGAUUUGGAGGACUUUGGCGCGAAGCUCCUCAAACCGAAGAACACGAAUGCCGCCAUUGCGGCUUCUCAGCCGGCGGUGGCGACGAAACGCAAGUCGCCGGAACCAGUUGAGAACGUGGACCCGAUGACGGCCCUGCCCAAAGUCAUGCCUGACCCGUCCGAGGACUACCCAGCCUUCUUGGAGUAUCAGAAGCAGAAAUGGCGUAUCCAGAAGCAGGCUCGGGUGCGCAGGCGCCAGCUCUUCGGCGACCGCCGAGGGCUUACUGGUAGCAAUAUCCAGCAGACCUUCAUGAAGCAAGCACACGCCACCUUUAUGAAUACUUGGCAAAUGCUCCAGCUCUGGUCGACUGACAGACCUGGCAUCGUCACUGCCUAUGUCUUGAUCGACGCGAGGGUCCACGCCCUCAAGAUCAAGGUGCCUCGCCAAGUCUUCCUGAACCUGAAAGGCAAAGAGCUGCCAGAUAUUGAGAUUGACGGCUGUGAAGUUGAGCAAGUCAAUUACACACUGCCCAACGGUCACCCAUCGAGUCACCUCUUCAAGUUGACUGUCCCGGAGGAAGUCUACUUCAACGAGACGGAGAAGUUCUCGCUGUUGUUCAAUCAUCCCAGCGUGGAGGGUGUCUACGAAAAGCAACUGCCUCUCAAUAUGCGCGCUGUUCUCCAGCUGGGCAACAUUUGUACCGUCGAUGAACAACAGCGAGGUGUGCUUGGCAAAGGUCUGGAACAGGGAUUUGAUCUUGAUGGCCUAAAGAGACCUCUCAAGGCGCGGACAUACCUCGAGUCAUCGCCCAUGGCCUACAUCUACAUUUCUCACAUCACAGCCGGAGAAAGACAAAUCUUUGGCAUCUUCUCCACGACCCGGGAUGAAGCACACAUUGUCAUCUUGCAGAGGAGCCGAGAUUCUGGGCAAGAUCUGCCCAACGUCACACGCAUCUACUCGGAGAUGAUGGCCAAGAGGGCUGAGGAAGCGGCAGGCACCAACUGGCAGGACUGCUUCCCCUACCAGCAGCGCGUGUCGUUCCAGAUCAAGCAAGUCACCACGCGACGAAAGGCCCAUCUCGAGAUUGGCGACAUUGUCAAGAAGAUACGAAAGGUCGAGGCGCGACCUCAGAUGCUGGCGAUUCAGUCAUCGCAGUCCAACCAGCUGGUCCACGACGUGCCGAUCCUGGGUGAAUUUCCAGUGCUGUCUCUCAAGUACGAUGCGUCGGACAGCUCUCUGCCGCCCCUGGGCUGGCAGUCUGUUGUUGCGAGAAGGUUGGUUGGCCAUUACCUCGGGCUCGGAUCGUGGAUCCUGCACCUGACGGCGCUGGCAAGGUACGGCGACGUUCCACUCUGCAACCUGGAGAGAGAAGAUCCUCGCUUCUUGAUUGAUGUCGCGUACGCCAGGCGACUGCAGGCCAAUGGAGUCGUGCUCUGGUGGUCACCGGGCCCUCGGCCUGAUCAUGCUGGGUAUGAGAAAGACGACCUGCUCGGUCCGUUGGACGCCGUCAAGCUCCCCAACGUCAACAACCCAGGCACCUUCUCCUCAGUGUGUAUCGAUCUCGACGUGCGCAACCUGGCAAUCAACACGAUUCUCACAUCAUCUCUCAUCAAUGAUCUCGAGGGUGCUGACUCGUUCAACCCCACAUCUGAUGGCUCCGAGGUCCUCGCAUCAGAGAGCGCGUUUUCCAACGCUGGUGUUGUCGUUCUCCGUGAGAUGGUUAAGUCGUGGUGGGGCGAGGCCUGUCGUGGUAGCACCAUGGCAGAUGUCCUUGUCCAACACCUCGUCCGCUGGGUUGAAUGUCCAGACAGUUUCAUGUACGACCGUGCAUUGCACUACUACAUGCAGAUGAUGUCGCGCAAGGCGUUCCAGCAGCUCAUGGGCGACUUUCGACGUGUGGGCUCGCAGGUUGUCUUUGCGAACGCAAACAGGCUCAUCCUGCAGACAACAAAGGCAGAGGUGGGCACUGCGUUUGCGUAUGCUCAAUAUGUGAUCAAGAGUAUCAAGAGCAAGCCCCUUUUCCACUUUAUCGACCUUGAAAUCAAGGAGUACUGGGACUACCUGGUCUGGUACGACGAGUUCAACUAUGGCGGCCGAGCCUGCCAGGAAGUUGUGGAGGCAGAGGAGCAGAACCUCGAGACGAUUAUGCACUGGCAAAUGGCAACAUUCCUACCGACACGACUACAGUCUACGUUCCAAGACUGGGUUGUUGAGUUUGUGCAGCUGAUGCAUGCGCUGAAGCACAAGAGCGUCAACGAUCCUGACUCGACUCCUCGCCUCACGCAGAUUCCUCAGAAUAACAUCGAGAACCAAGAAGGCCAGAUCAUCUCGGGCAAGGCCUUUGAGAAACCGUUUAAGAGGGCUAUUGCUGGGCUGAUUGCGCAGCAAAAGCGUGAGCUGCUCCACCCUGAGCUUGCAGAGGACUACAGCUUCCCAACGCUGCCGGGUUCUCAUCUCCCGACCUCAUCGCGGAAUUCCAUUCUCGAGCUGGUCAAGACCAUUAUGCAGGUUCUCUCGCUCGACAAGAAUAUCACAAUGGAGGCGCGUCUCCUACGCAAGGAGCUGCUCGCGCUGUUUGAUGUCCGCGAAUUCUCCAAGGAGGGCACCUUUGUCAACCCGAGCGAGUCACUCAAGAUAUCGCAGGUCUCGUGCGACAGUUGCACGAUGACGCGCGAUAUGGACUUUUGCCGUGACGAGGACCUUUUCUCGGGUCAACAGGUGUGGCGAUGCACCUUUUGCUCAGUCGAGUACGAUCGUAUUGCCCUGGAAGAGAGACUCUUGUCGAUGGUGGAGUCAUGGACUGUGGAGUGGACCAUCCAGGACGCCAAGUGCGAGCGGUGCGGCGCGCUUCGCGUGAACGACCUCAUGGAGCAUUGUACCUGCAGUGGUGCUUGGAAGUGCGUCGUCAGUAGGGAGGAGAUUGGCAAGAAGCUUGGUGUUGUCAGAAGGGUUGCCAAGUACUACGAGCUGCGCAUGCUGGCAGACGUGGUGGAGGGUCUGGCCGGGAGUAUAUGA